AGCGACUUCCGGUGGCCGCUCUAGCCGGCGCCGCGUCUAUGCCCGCGGCGCUGGGGGAUGUUUAUUGUCGCGGAGCCUCGGCCCGUCAUCCGGAACGCCGCCGGGCGCGAGCGGCGGGGCGCCUAGCAACCCCGCUAGCCGCCUCCCGCCCGCACGGUAACGGCUGCCGCGAGCCGCCGGGCCGCGCGCUUCCCCGCCGCCCGCGGGCCGCUGCUUAGCGGGCCCGGCCCCACCGCCAGCCUCUGCCCGAGGGACGCUGCCCCGCCGGGCGGCCGCUGGGAGCCCGCGCCCCUUCCUGCUGCGGGGAAUGUGGAGAUUGAAUACGCCAGUAGAAACGUGGUGAAAUCUGGGAGACAGCGCCCAUUGAAGGAUGUGAUCUUCAUGGUGAACUGGUGUGAGAACUGAGUUGUAAAUCACCCCAAUGGAUGCGGACAGUGAUGUUGCAUUGGACAUUUUAAUCACAAAUGUAGUGUGUGUUUUUAGAACAAGAUGUCAUUUAAACUUGAGGAAGAUUGCAUUAGAGGGAGCAAACGUGAUAUACAAGCGUGAUGUUGGGAAAGUAUUAAUGAAACUUAGAAAACCUAGGAUUACAGCCACAAUUUGGUCCUCAGGAAAAGUUAUUUGCACAGGAGCCACAAGUGAAGAAGAAGCUAAAUUUGGUGCCAGACGAUUAGCUCGUUGUCUACAGAAACUAGGUUUUCAGGUAAUUUUCACAGAUUUUAAAGUUGUGAAUGUUUUAGCAGUGUGCAACAUGCCCUUUGAGAUCAGAUUGCCAGAAUUUACGAAGAAUAACAGACCUCAUGCUAGUUAUGAACCAGAACUUCAUCCUGCUGUGUGCUACAGAAUAAAAACUCUCAGAGCUACCUUACAGAUUUUUUCAACUGGCAGUAUCACAGUUACAGGGCCAAACGUAAAGGCUGUUGCCAGUGCUGUGGAGCAGAUUUACCCGUUCGUGUUUGAAAGCAGAAAAUAAAUUUUAUAAUUCACCACUUGAUGGUUAGGUUCCCUAACCGAGCACCUUUAAAGACUGCUGCACAUUGGACUAAAAGCAAAAAGGAAAACUGGACCAACUAUAGCAGAGGAAUACAGACUUUUUUCUUGUUCAUGGCCACAGUAUAAACUCCAGUCCUUUUGGAUUUUACUCUUAACAGUGCUGUAUUGUAAAAACAGAAGUUUACAAGAUAUGAAAUUGCUGCUUUUAAAAAGACAUUCUAUUUAUUUUUGCAGUAAUUUCUGUGUAUUCAUAAGCAAAGCUGUCACGAUGUGCACUACCUUAAAAACAUUUUUUUUUGUUUAGUUUGAGCUUGUGUUUUAUUUGUGAAUAGUCUUUUACAUUUUUGUAUGCUGAAUAUUGGGCACCAAAGAAGCUGUAAAAGUUAUCUUUUUCACCUGAUGAAUGUGCACAAAUAAAAGUUUGGAAACUA